AUGACUGAAGUGAUCGGCAUCCUAUCUGGCGCCAUAACCUUCAUCGAUGCCGGAAUAAAAGUCGCGAACCUGCUGUCCUCCCUCAAAAAUGCUCCGAAACGGAUCGCAGCCUACCACGAGGAACUGCAGGGCAUGGUUCAACUGGUCAACACCAUCAAGAACGACCUAGACCGCUUGAGCAACGGAACAGGGUGGAUACCACCAUCGCUGAUGUCGCAUUCCGAUCUCGGUGAGCUUCAACGGUACAUGCAGGAAGCAGCCGAGGUAACGAAGCAAGUUGAGGCAUUUCUCGACGUUGCCACAGCCUCGCCUCAGGCCGGACGGAUAGAGAGAUCAUGGAAAGCGGUACGAGCGCGGAAGCUACAAGGAGAGAUCACGGAGCGGCUCGAGAGAAUGGGAAACUUGAGAGCCUCGAUUCAGCUUUGGUUCAACCGGCAGACCUAUCUCAUCUCCGCAGGCCAAAUGUAA